UUGGGGUAGUCUAAAAUAAUACACAAACACAACAUUAAAAAACAGUGAAUUAUUGAAGCAGGUUGUGCUUUCAGCUCACUAGGAGCUACUUUCUAAGCUUAAAUGUAUUCAUUACUUGGCUAACAUGCGCAUCUUGUGGUCCUUAAAUUCAUGAUUAAGGAGACUAAUUCAUUGGUCAUUGGAGUUUAAUAAGUUGGUGGAGAAAUAAGAAAACUUGUACAAGUUGAAAUGGGAAUCUGCAUAUCCUCUGCAUCUUCAGAGAUAUAUCAGGCAGAAGAUGGCCUUGAUAAUAUUAUACACUUGGAAGAAAAUAUUGCUUUUAAUGGAACUGAGAGGCUUGGUUCUCUUUACUCCAGAGAAGGAAGCAAAGGGUUAAACCAAGAUGCUGCUAUUCUUCAUCAGGGUUAUGGUGUCCAAGAUGGAGCUUUCUGUGGAGUUUUUGAUGGGCACGGAAAGAAUGGCCACAUAGUGAGCAAGAUUGUGAGAAACUGCUUGCCAUCCCUGUUACUAACCCAAAAGAAGGCCUUGGCUAAGAUGAAGACAGUUGCAGAUGGCAAAAAUGUAGUUAAAGGUGAUUCAUUACCAAGCAAGAAUUUUUAUAUAUGGAAAGAGGCUUGUGUUAGUGCCUUCAAGGCUAUGGACAAGGAGCUCAAGCUUCAAGAGAAUUUAGAUUGUUCUUGCAGUGGAACCACAGCAGUAGUUGUUGUGAGACAGGGAGAAGAUCUUGUUAUAGCUAAUCUUGGAGACUCAAGGGCAGUGUUGGGUACAAUCAAUGAGAAUGGAAUCAUGCUUGUUCAAUUAACCACAGAUUUGAAGCCUAAUGUACCAAGUGAAGCUGAUAGAAUAAGGAAUUGUAAUGGUAGAGUGCUUGCCCUGAAGGAAGAACCACACAUCCAUAGAGUGUGGCUACCCCAUGAAGACUCUCCAGGCCUAGCCAUGUCUCGAGCUUUUGGAGAUUUCCUGCUCAAAAACCAUGGAAUAAUUGCAUUACCGGAGAUCUCUUAUCACCGAUUAGCACCUACCGACCAGUUCAUCAUUCUAGCAACUGACGGGGUGUGGGAUGUGCUUAGUAACAAUAAAGUUGCAUCCAUCGUGUGGGCGGCAGAUAGCGAACAAGCGGCAGCGAAGGCAGUGGUGGAGGCUGCUGUAGCCACAUGGAAGAAGAAGUUUCCAGGUUCCAAGGUGGAUGAUUGUACGGCAGUUUGCCUCUUCCUGCAUAAGAGGCAACGGCAGGAUUGCAGCUCAUGAAGACGUCAUCUGUUAGCUAAAUAAGAUCUUAGUAAUAGUUCCAGAUAAACAUUGCCAUCUUUCUUUUUGAUGCAGCUUAUAUUGGAAAUGCUGUUGUCUAUUUAAGAUAUGAGAGACUAUAAAUUCUCCUAAGACUAUGAUAUGUAGCCACAUAUUAAUACAGACAAAGAAAUACACAAAGUUAAUUUCUCUCUUGUA